CCUGUAAGGUGAGUCACAUGACCGUGUCCCCAACCGAAGCCAGUAAAUAUCAGGCUAGCUAGCAGUCUGUUAGCUACUCCCAGUUCCAGUAGACCAGACCAUGUUUUUUCAGCUGUCAUCGGCCAGUUGUCAGUCCAGCGUGUGUAACCUGUUCGGUGGUGCUUUUCGUUAAGUGAUGACCUCCCAGUAAGAGAGACUCCGUCCUUUAAAAAAAAUCAGCCCUGUAGACUUGGCUGGCUUUACAGGUUAGCUUAGCGCUAGCACGCUGCGUCCAGAGGAGGUGUCGUUGCUAGUGACUAUGCAAGGGGAAACCACGACGAUCCGAAUCACGGAAAACGAAGGCAAGCUGGAUGUAUAUCCCCAGAACAGGACCCCGAGCUCGGGGAGAGCGAGUGCCAAAAGCUGGCAGUACAGCGAUCACAUGGAGAAUAUUGAUGGCUACCUGAUGAAAUACACCAACCUGGUGACAGGCUGGCAGUACAGGUUCUUUGUCUUGAACAACGAGGCGGGCCUGCUUGAGUAUUUCGUCAAUGAGCAGUCACGGCCACAGAAGCCCCGUGGCAUGCUACCUUUGGCGGGGGCCGUCAUUUCCCCGAGUGAUGAGGACUCGCAUACCUUCACUGUCAAUGCCAUCAGCGGGGAGCAGUACAAGCUCAGGGCCUCUGAUGCCAAAGAGAGGCAGCACUGGGUCAGCAGGCUACAGAUCUGCACGCAGCACCACACAGAGGCCAUGGGGAAGAGUCAGCCUCCGUCAAAGUCCCGGAGUUACUCCACAGCGUCUCAGGGCAGCGGCAGCUCCCCGAUGUCCAUGCGCCGGCACAGCCAAAACCCCGCCUCUUUGUUUGGCUGGUCGCAGGUCAGAGGCUCGUCGGCCUACUCCAGUAAGAGGUCCCUGCUGCCCGACCACCUGAUGGACGCAAGAGAGAUGAUGAGCCAAGCCCAGGGUCAGCACAAGGACCUGAUCCAGGGCAUUGAGGGCCUGCCUGCGACUCCUGGCCUUUCCCCCCUGGACCAGGACCUGCUGAUGCUCAAGGCCACUUCCAUGGCCACCAUGAACUGCCUCAAUGAGUGCCUGCACAUCCUCCACCUGCAGCAGAUGGCCCGACAGAGAAGCUCCCUAGGAGGACCCACCAUCGAGUGGCUGGAGCCCAAACUGCCCGACAUCCUGAAGAAUGGCAGCAGCUCCCUGGGCAGCUUCGCGACAGGUGAGGGCCCGCUGGAGGGGAACCGCUUGGAGCUCAGCAGCCCCGAGUCCUGCAACUUCUCUGGGGAACAGGAAGACAUAGAUGCAGAGGAUGAAUUGGAGGACUCCUUUACGGACAAGGAGGAGGACCUGGGUGCCGUGGAGGAGGAACGGAGCGUCAUCCUACACCUGCUGUCGCAGCUGAAGCUGGGGAUGGACCUCACGCGGGUGGUCCUCCCCACCUUCAUCCUCGAGAAGCGCUCUCUGCUGGAGAUGUACGCAGACUUCAUGUCCCAUCCGGAUCUCUUUGUGACCAUCACAGACGGCAGCAGUCCGGAGGACCGCAUGGUCCGGUUUGUGGAGUACUACCUCACCUCCUUCCACGAGGGCCGCAAAGGCGCCAUUGCCAAAAAACCCUACAACCCCAUCAUUGGCGAGACCUUCCACUGCUCCUGGAAGGUGCCCAAGAGACCAGACGCCUCCAAGGAGCCUUCACAGGGAAGCCCCGACCCCACUGCUUCCAGCCAGGACUCCUACCAAGUGCGCUUUGUGGCGGAGCAGGUUUCCCAUCAUCCCCCUGUGUCUGGUUUCUACGCCGAAUGCCAGGAGAGGCGGAUGUGUGUGAACACACAUGUGUGGACCAAGAGCAAGUUCAUGGGCAUGUCCAUUGGAGUAUCGAUGGUGGGGGAAGGUUGUCUGUAUUUGCUGGAGCACGAUGAGGAAUACACCUUCACGCUGCCCUGCGCCUAUGCUCGCUCCAUCCUCACCGUUCCCUGGGUGGAACUUGGCGGCAAAGUCACCAUCAACUGCGCCAAGUCGGGUUACUCGGCAGUCAUUACUUUCCAGACUAAACCCUUUUAUGGAGGCAAAUUACACAAGGUAACAGCAGAGGUGAAGCACAACUCCACCAAUACAGUGGUGUGCCGCGUACAGGGCGAGUGGAACGGCGUCUUGGAGUUCAGCUUCACUAACGGAGAGACGAGGGUGGUCGACGUCACCAGGCUGCCUGUGACGAAGAAGCACGUGCGGCCAGUAGAGAAGCAAGGACCAACUGAAUCCAGGCGCCUGUGGCAGCACGUGACUGAGGCUUUACGGCAGAAAGACAUCGAGAAAGCCACCGAGCAUAAGAGGGUCCUCGAGGAGAGGCAGCGGACAGAAGAGAGGCACCGUGUCGAGACAGAAACCCCCUGGAGGACCCGAUACUUUGACAGAGAGGGUGAAGGUUGGGUUUAUCACAAGCCGCUUUGGAAAAACUCUACAUUCAAAUCCUAGUUUCUUCAGCCCUCCCCUAUCUUGGAUGUUGAUAUUGUAGAUUCAGGAGUGUGUGUGUGUGUGUGUGUGUGUGUGUGUGUGUGUGUGUGUGUGUGUGUGUGUGUGUGUGUGUGUUUGUGAGUGUGCCGGAGUGAGUCUGCGUGCACACACGCAUGUGGCCGUUGGUUAUGAAAUGAAAAGCAUGACCUGCACUGACAUACAGAUGAAUGCGAUGCUGAGGGGGGAGAAGGACCGAGACGGCAUGACCGAAGGUGUUCUCGAAUCUCUCACAUGAUGUUCAGGAAGAGUACAAGUUUUUGUACUGCGGAUUAGUUUUUUUUUUUUUUUAAUA